CCGAGAGGCGCGUCGAAAGUGGGUUUCGUCAGUGAAUUGACAAGAUUUAAACACACGCUACACCACACGUCUUCUGUCAGCAGUAGAUUUCACGUGAACUUUUAGACUUACUCACGAGCGCCUUUUGUGGACUUCGACCUUGCUAGUUUAAACUAGUUACCUGUUUCAAACCAGGAAGUAGUCUAGGCCAGCGAGCUCGCCGUUUCGGGAUUGACAAAAGGAUUUGUAAUGGCAGCGAAUACCAACGACAAGCUAUUUGAAUAGAUCAACAGCUCUUUGGAAGACAUGGAUUUAAGAAACCUAAACGAUUCUGUUGUUCACCUCGAUGCACCAAUUAUUCCGGACAAGUCGGGCAUCUCCAAUCUGACCAUCAUCCGGAUAAAGAACGGAUCAAUCAUAGAAGACCAGAUGUUUUUAAAUACACUUGCUGCCCAAGCACUCUCGGGAAUAUGUGUCUUGUCUGCCUUGCUAAUGACUUGCCAUCAGAUCUAUACACACCUUCGGUCUUACACGGUCCCCAAUGAGCAGCGUUACAUUAUCCGCAUCUUAUUUAUUGUGCCAGUCUACGCCUUUGACUCCUGGCUUAGCCUGCUCUUCAUCAGCAAUGAUCAGUACUACGUCUACUUCGACUCAAUUCGAGACUGCUACGAAGCAUUUGUCAUUUACAAUUUCUUGAGUCUCUCGUUCGAGUACCUCGGAGGGGAAAGUGCAAUCAUGUCUGAGAUCCGAGGGAAACCAAUACAGUCAAGCUGUCUGUACGGCACCUGCUGCUUGGUUGGAAUGAGCUAUUCUAUUGGCUUUUUAAGAUUCUGUAAACAGGCAACUCUUCAGUUCUGUGUUAUCAAACCCAUCAUGGCAGUCAUCACCAUCAUCCUGCAGGCCUUUGGCAAAUAUCACGAUGGAGAUUUUAAUGUGAAUGGAGGAUACCUGUACAUCACGAUCAUCUACAACUUCUCAGUCAGCCUUGCCCUCUAUGCCCUCUUCCUCUUCUUCUUCGCGACGAGUGACCUGCUCAGGCCUUAUGAACCAGUGCUCAAAUUCCUCACUAUAAAAUCUGUCAUCUUCCUAUCGUUCUGGCAAGGAAUGGUUUUGGCUAUCCUGGAACGCUGCGGGGUCAUCCCCAAUGCACUGUUCAUCGACGGACAAGAGGUCGGGGCCGGCACAGUAGCGGCAGGCUGGCAGAACUUCAUCAUCUGUAUCGAGAUGUUCUUUGCUGCCAUCGCCCUCCGCUAUGCCUUCACCUGCACGGUGUACCAGGAGAAGACAAACGAGGUGCCAGACAAAAUCCCCCCAAUGCAGAGCAUCUCCAGCGGUCUGAAGGAGACGAUAAACCCAGGAGAUAUGGUGCAGGAUGCCAUUCACAACUUCUCCCCAGCGUAUCAGCAGUACACCCAGCAGUCCACGCAGGAGGUGGUCCAGCCCAGCCAGAACAGCAAAGGAGGUCCGCUCAGCGGCAAGGGCUCCCAGAAGUCUGACAAAAUCAUGCUCAUUACCUCGGAUGAUGAGCUCUAGGCGGUGGUCCGACAACUUCCAGGUGUUUGUUUUUUUUUUCCCCCGCUGCGGCUUCAGCUGCAUUAUUUCAGUAUUUCAGAUGAACUGCUCGCUUUUGUUUUUUUUUUUAAUGAAAAAUUGAAGCAAGGUGGAUUGAAUUUUUCCCCCAAACAUGUUUAUUAGCUCAGUAUAAACAGAGGGUUGUCUAUAUCCACCACAUAAAUAAUAAUCAGAGCGAUGACAUGCUAUUACUUUAUCAGACAAGUCUAUAAAUAUGCCCCCCACGCAAACAAAUAUAUAGAAUUUACCUGUAUAUGUUAUCAGGGUCUGUUAAGUCAUGUCUGAUCUGGAGUCUCUUUUUCAGUCAUCUCGUAUCAUGUCAACAUGCUCUCUGACCAUCUCUGAGUCACGCUGCUUUCAAAGAGGAGCUGAUUUUUAAUGGGGAUGACUCCAGAAGGGGAAGCCGGGGAAGUGAGAGAUGAUGGCAGGGACCCACACUUCACAGAGCAUCUCUUGUAUCUGACUCGUUUGUCAAGCGGUCUCUGGCAAGCGGUCUCUUUCCUCGAAAAUGGAAAAGGGGUCCCUUUGAUAGAAUAGAAGCAGGCAAUUCAAACUGCAGUCUUAUGGCGCUUUGAAAUCCUUUUUUUUAAAAAAAAAAUUUUAUGCAUGUGUGUAUCUCGCAUAGCAUGCACAAAUUGUAAGAUAAGCCCUUCUCCCACCACCGUGUAGGGUGGUUGUACUCAUUAAUUUUCCCAGUAUGUACAAGAGAAUGUAAUUCUGUGUGAUAAAGAUGGGUUGGUUCAACAAACUUUAGAAAUCAAUACUUAAGCGUUUUGGAGCCUUGUUUGCUUGUGAAGUUUGCAUUAUUGUUCAUAUUCCAACUUUUAAGUUUUACUAUUUUUUUUUAAAUAUGAAUGGAAUUUCUUCAACUGGUUUAAUGAUAAUUUCGAUGCAAAAUGCGUUCUGUUGUUCUUAUUGUUAAAUGUUAAUUUUAUUAUUGCACAUGCUCAGUUCAUGGAGGGGGUUUAAUAUAAGUAAUUUGUCAUGUUUUCAAGUAGCUGAACCAAGCACAUAUCAGAUAACGUGUGAAAAUGUGUGAAAAGAAAGGGAUUUUUUUUUUGUAUAGAGGACACUUUGCUAUGCUUAUUUUAACCUUUGUUUUCACUUGUAGUUUAAUUCUACAUUUUUCACACGGGCGACACUUGAUACAGCUACCUGAUUUUGGCUUAUAUGGCAGUAAAAUUAUAACUUAAGACAUGGCAGAUAGUUUCUUGAAUUAUUUUUCUGGAUCCUCUCUCGUGCCAAUGACAGCUGCCAUUCUGGGUAAGCGGAGAGAAAUUUCGAGUUGGUUACAAAUUCAUAAUUAAAGACGUCUUACA